AAGAAGCCAAGAAGAGGAUAGGAGAGGAGAAGAAGGCAAAGACAUGGAAAAAGAUGGGGAGAAUCGGAGCAGAAAAAAGCCGGGGAUUGGGGGCUGCCAUGUCGACCCGCCAUUGCUCCACUUCCUCUGCCUCUGCGUCUGGGAGUGGGACCCCACUCGAUCGAUCACUUCCCGCCUCCUCGCCUCUCUCUCUCUCUCUCUUUCUCUGCUCUCUCUGCACUUGCAGAGUUGCAGCAGAGAAGCGCUUCUUCUUCUUCUUCUUCUUCUUCUUCAAUUCUUGGACCAUUCUUCCCUUCUCUCCUCCUUUCCCCAACCCAAACACAACCCAGCCGCAGCAGCAACAAACGAAACCCUAGCCUAGCCAGGACGGCAUCAUGUCGCUGCCCGACCUCUUCGAGAAGCUUCUCGGCGACGAUCAGGACAGCUGGCCCGCGGAGGCCAACUUGCUCCUCGCCGCCCACGACGGCAACCUCCGCCGCAUCAAGGAGAUCGCCGCGACGCUGGACGACGACGGGGAGGGGAUCGCGGCCACCGUGGCGCGCACGGCCUUCCACGGCAUGAACGCGCUGCACGCCGCCAGAAGCCUGCACGUCUACCGCUACUUGCUCGAGGUGGCCAACAUGGACGUCAACAAGCCGGACACCACUCCAGGUAGGAAGACUCCCCUCGAGCGAGCCAUUGCCGGUGGGGACCUGCCCUCUGUCAGGUAUCUCAUUGAUCAUGGUGCUGAUAUCCAUCAUGAACGUGAAGGAAACAUCACUUUUCUUCAUUCAGCUGCAAAGAAAGGGAGGACUGAAAUAGUAAAAUUGCUGCUUUCUAGAGGAGCUCAUGUUGAUGGCAAAUCAGAUCAUGGGACACCUCUGCAUUUUGCUGCUAUUAAAGGAUAUGAAAGUACUGUGAAGAUUUUGUUGGAGCACCAAGCAGAUCCCAACAAGGUUAUGCCUUCUUCUCAAGCAACACCUUUAUCUGCGGCGUUAUUCACUACUUCCUUACCUUGUGUGAAGCUAUUGAUCCAGGCUGGAGCUGAUGUAAAUGCUACAAACAACCCCCUGGCGAGAGCUGCAGGGAGUGGAUUAACUGAAGCUAUAAAGUUGUUGUUGAAGGCUGGAGCAAACCCAAAUUGUCCUGACACGCAUGGUAGAAUGCCAAUAGAGCUGGCUGCUGUGUAUGGUACAAGGGAAGAUGUUGAGAUUCUAUUUCCUUUGACCAACCCAAUUCCAACUGUUGCUGACUGGAGCGUUGAUGGGGUAAUUACUUAUGCCAAUCUGGAACGCAAGAAGCUAGAGGAUGAUGAUUACGUUAACACGAAAAUGUCUGACCUGAAACAAAAAGGGAAUGAAGCAUUUGAUGAGCAGGAUUAUGAAAAAGCAUCAGUGUGGUACACACAGGCACUGGAAGUUGAUCCUUGUGAUGCCACAACUCUUCUAAAGAGGUGUCUUUGCUGGCUUCGCAUGGGUGAGGGAAAAAAGGCUGUGAAAGAUGCAACCACAUGCGCAAAACAUCACCCGAAGUUGUCGGAGGCCUACCAUCGGCUAGGAGAAGCUCUAAUGCUUGAGAAGGAUUAUGAGAAAGCUUGCGUGGCGUUGACCCAUGGUAUAGAGUUGGAUCCUGAAAGUGAUGAGAUGGACAAACUGUUCUGGGAGGCGAUGGACCUGAAGAACUGAGUAAUGCCGAGUGACCCGAAGCCCUUUUUUGUUGGUUUAGAGACAGUUUAACUAGUAGCUCAGCUGCAAUUUUGUGCAUAUGCAGUACUAGUACUUGGCAUUAGGCUUGAAUUCAUGGUGGGAGUAUGGAGAACGGCGUCUUCUUCGGAAGAAUUAGAACUGAAGCAUAGGUUAAUGGCAACUUUGACAUCCUGUUUGAGAUAUGGAUUCUUACAACAUUCAGCCCAGACUGUCCAGUAAGCUUGUGGUGAUUUUAGCAUGCGAGACGCAGGAAUGAUGGCUUUUAUUUGCUCCAGAUGGAGAAGAAAUGUUGUUGGAAUGAUGAACUAAAUGCUAAUUCUUCCUUGUGAUAGUUGUUGAGUAUGUUCGGAUGAUUAAUUUGCUUCA